AUGGAAGUCCACCUUCGGGUUCCAGCAGAUCGUUGGUGCGUGACCUUUAGCGAACUCUUCCAAUUUGUGGAAGACGUGCGCGCAGCCUGGCUGGCGGGAGAAAUCUUGCAGACAGGGAGCAAUCCAGAUCCGUUGCAUGAGAGCGGCUGUUAUGGGCCGAACCUCUACCAAGUCAAUGAGUAUUUUGUAAAGCCGAAGACGUUGGCAGCUGGAGGGAUGAGCUAUGCCUUGUGGUUACAUCCUCAAGGUCUUCCAUGCCAGGUAUUCAUCUCACAUGCCUGGGCUGAAGGGAUCUUUGAGUUCGGCAAUGGUGUGAGAUCAGCUUGGCCCGGAGGCCACGGGCUCACGAAUCUCUAUUGCUGUUUAUUGGCCAACCCUCAGAACUUGGACCUGGAGGUGUUCCUGAACGUUGCUCCCUUGAUGAAUCCCUUUGCUCAAGCCUUGCAGCGAGCUUCGCACAUUUUGGUGAUUCCCAACUCGAAAAUUUCCAUCUACAGUAGGCUUUGGUGUGUUUACGAGGCGUAUUUGGGCACCACCAUGGAAAAGUUCUGCCUGAUGCCUGCAACACCUCAUGCCCGACGGCAAGGCUAUUCAUGCGCCAAAGUUUUAUUGAUUCCUUUCCUCCUUGGACUGCUGACCAGCUUGCUUUGGCGCUACGCGAUGUACCCCAAGUAUGGCCGGCACUGUGUUUUCAAGGUUAUCUUCAGCUGCCUAGCCGUGACGGUAAUAGCAGCCUUCUGGGCCAUGGUGCCCCCGCAGAUGGAGAAAUGCAUGGCCUUCGCCAAGUCUUUGCACGCGGUGGGCCUUUUCUUGGCAACAUCUGUAUCCCUUCUCUGGUGGGAACUGCCAUACGAUCUGGAACCCGGACCAGCGGACUUCUUGCACUACUUCAUCCCCUGUGGGCUUUUCAUUUUCAACCUGAUGUGCCUCAUGCACUUGGAUAUGCAGCUGUUGGAGUUCAAGCAGCUCGCAGAGCAAGCCCAAAAUUUGUCCUGUCAGACCGUGCAGGAGGCGCAAUGCAGCAACAGGUUCGAUGAAGAGCGUAUCCGCCGCGCCAUUGGCGGUUUCGAAGAUGAUGUGGACAUCACGGUGCGGGUCUUGAUGUUGGCCGGAGCCUACACAGCCAGCCUGCGGCGGGCUUACGAUUCGGGCGAAGAUAUACGAGGAGCUGGCAUUCUGAAUCUCAAAUGGAAGGUUGCCAUCGGCGCUUCACUAUGGUGCGCCUGUGGCGGAGAUGCGGCGGCGCGUCUUGAUCUACGUGGAAUUGCACGACUUCCCACGUGGAAACACUUGAGCAUUUUUAGUGUUGCUUUCUCCUGUCUCGCGGCUAUUGGCGUGCCCCUUUGGCUUCGUUGCAGCCGUCAUGGGCCGGACUGGACACGAGGCAUGCUCCACACCUGGUAUCUUUGCUCUGUGGCCGCCCUGGUGCUACCGUAUUUGGUGGCCCUGUGUCAGGGCUGGGAGGAACUCGCUUCGAUGUCCAUCAUGCAACGGAUGCCCAAUGCUCCUCCACACUAUCCAUCCCUCAUCACCUGUAUUUUCGAAACGUUCUCACCGCCUUUCUUUGCGCUGAUCACUGUGACCAGUGGCUUCAUUGCUUCCAGGACCUUGAGUUGCCGAUAUGGUCCCUACGGCCACGUCCGGCGCCUUUUCCUCAAGGCCAGUCGCACAUUCACCCUGCGGAACGAGCAGGGCGACUGUGGCGAGGAAUCGGCGCAGAGCAGCGAGGAAUCUGAGGAGUGCUGUGCAUGCCACGCAGGAAGCAGCGGGAAGCGCAAGAUCACGGCGAGAGUUUGGGAGCGCGUAGGUAUUGUCACGAGUGUGUUGCGCGCAACGACGCGUCUUGUGGAUGAAAGCAUCUACAAGAUCAUCACGAUGUUUGGCCGGCCGGCAGCAACACGUCGAGCCGUAGGGGCUGAAAAUGCGUCAGCUGCUAUGGGUGCAAGAUUUGGUUUGCUGCCACUAGACCCGCUGGUGGUCAACCGUUGGUGCGUGACCUUUAACGAAUUCUUCCACUUUGUGGAAGACGUGCGUACAGCCUGGCUUGCGGGCCAGAUCUUGCAGAGGGAAAGCAGUCCAGAUCCGUUACAUGAGUGCAGCUGUCACGGGCCAAACCUCUACCAGGUCAAUGAGUAUUUCGGCAGUGCAAAAGCACGGGGUAUUUAUGUUGGAAUGGCAGAAGUGAAGAACAAGCAGAAAAGGUCUCGCCAUGCCCAGCUGAUGCAGUGGCAAGGUAAGCAGGAAGAGGUGGACACACUGCGUGAUGAAAGGCCUGCCAGCCCCACUGGCAUCCCCUGCAAACAGGAAGGGAUCUUUGAGUUCGGCAAUGGUGUGAGAUCAGCCUGGCCUGCGGGCCACGGGCUCACAAAUCUCUAUUGCUGUUUAUUGGCCAACCCGCAGAACUUGGACCUGGAGGUUUUCCUGAACGUCGAUCCCUUGAUGAACCCCUUUGCUCAAGCCUUGCAGCGAGCUUCGCACAUUCUGGUGAUUCCCAACUCGAAAAUUUCCAUCUACAGUAGGCUUUGGUGUGUGUACGAGGCAUAUUUGGGCACCACGAUGGAAAAGGUCUGCCUGAUGCCUGCAACACCUCAUGCCCGGCGGCAAGGCUAUUCAUGCGCCAAAGUCUUAUUGAUUCCUUUCCUCCUUGGACUGCUGACCAGCUUGCUCUGGCGCUACGCGAUGUACCCCAAGUAUGGCCCGCCCAGUGUUUUGAAGGUCACCUUCAGCUGCCUAGCCAUCUCGCUAAUAGCAGCUUUAUGGGCCAUGGUGCCCCCGCAGAUGGAGAAAUGCAUGGCCUGCGCCAAGUGUUUGCACGCGGUGGGCAUGUUCUUAGCAACAUCUGUGUCCUUUCCCUGGUGGGAAGUGCCAUACGAUUAUGAAUCAGGAUCAGCAGCCUUCUUGCACUACUUCAUCCCCUGUGCGCUCCUCAUGCUCAAUAUGAUGUGUCUCGCGCACUUGGAUAUGCAAGUGUUGGAGUUCAAGCAGCUGGCAGAGCAAGCCCAAAAUUUGUCCUGUCAGACUGUGCAGGAGGCCCAAUGCACCAACAGGUUCGAUGAAGAGCGUAUCCGCCGGGCCAUUGGUGGUUUCGAAGAUGAUGUGGACAUCACGGUGCGGGUCUUGAUGUUGGCCGGAGCCUACACCCCCAGUUUGCGACGGGCCUAUGAUGCGGGCGAAGAUAUACGAGGAGCUGGCAUUCUGAAUCUCAAAUGGAAGGUUGCCAUCGGCGCUUCACUAUGGUGCGGUUGUGGUCUUGAUGCGGCCACACGUUUUGAUCUACAUGGAAUUGCACGAACUCCCAUGUGGGAACGUUUGAGCAUUGUGAGUGUUGCCUCUUCCUUUCUAACGGCCAUUGCUGUGCCCUUGUGGUUUCGAUGUGGCGGUUAUGGGCCGGACUGGAUCCGCGGCACGCUUCGCACCUGGUAUUUGUCGUCCAUUGCUGCCGUGGUGCUGCCUUUCCUGGUGGCGCUGGGUCAGGGCUGGCAAGAAUUCACCUCGAUGUCAUUCAUCCAACGGAUGGUCAGUGCUCCUCCACACUAUCCAUCCCUGGUCACCUGUAUUUUUGAGACGUUUUCACCCCCCUUCUUUGCGCUCCUCGCUGUGACCAGUGGCUUCAUUGCUUCCAGGACCUUGAGUUGCCGCUAUGGUCCCUACGGCCACGUGCGGCGCCUCGUCCUUACAGCCACCCGGACCUUCACCGAUCGCAACGUGGAGCGCGACAGCAGCGACACGGACUCGACAAGCGAGGACUCUGAGGAGAGCUGCUGUGCAUGUAUGGGGCCAUCCUCUGGAUCAUCUACACGAUCAUCCUGA